UCGUCAGUCAGCGUGUGGCGUCGAGCGGCGGCGGCGCACCGGCCGGUGCCGGCGACCCGAGGCCAUGUUCUCCAACCGGGACGGCGUGGUGCGGCUGCAGUGCUACCGGCGGCGCGCCCGCUCGCCGCCUCUCGAGCCGCGGGUGCCGGUGGAGUCGGCCGUCCCGGCCGCGGGGGAUGUGUACCGCGUGCCACCGGAGGUGGCGGCCAGUCUGCCGCUGCGGGUGGGCGACAGAGUGUGCUGGAUCAGUGACGUCGGACCGGAGCCGGGUGUCGUCGGCUGGAUCGGCAAGCUGCCAGCCGAGGACGGCGGCAGGGACUGGAUGGUGGGCGUCGAGUUCGACAAUCCGGUUGGCUCCGGGAACGGCUGCUACCGCGGCCACCGCCUGUUCGCCGCCAAGCUGAACCACGCUUCCAUCGUGCCCAUCAACGGCCUGAUGCGCGCCGAGGACCUGGAGCCGCCGGCGCCGGGCGGCCCUGCCGCCUCCUCCGAGAUCGGCGUGCCUGGCAGUGACGGGCUGCACACCUCGGAUGAGGAGGAGCUGGCGCCGGCGACCGUGCGCGGCCACGAGUUCACCGACGACCUCCGCCACCUGCCGCCCUUCCACCGCAUGGCCAACGCGCAGACAGUGCCCGCCGGCGACCGGCGCCGCCACCGGCGCAAGGACAAGCUGCUGGCCAGCCCCAGCCCGGACGCAUCGCCUGUCGACGGACUCAGAGACGGCGAGCCGGCCUGGACGGACGCCGAGGUGUCUGUGGGCUCGGCCGUCGAGGUCGACAUUCAGGGCCUGCCGCAGUACGGCGUCGUGCGCUGGGUGGGACGCGUGAAGGGCGACACCAAGCGCCUUCAGGUGGCUGGCGUCGAGAUGGAGGACGACGACACGGUGAGCGGCGGCGACGGCUGCUUCAACGGCGUGCGCUACUUCAGCUGUCAGCCGGGCAAGGCGCUGUUCGUGCCGCUGGCCGACUGCGGUCGGGACAGGCGCUUCCUCGACCUCGGCCAGGAGGCGCCCGACGCCAACGCGUUCGGGAGUGUGGAAUGCCCUGUGAUAACAGGCAAUGUAGCACCGAUCUCAGUGACAUCUACCGAGGAACUAAAGAAGCUCUGCGGCAAGCUGAAAGGCAUCCAGGGCCAUCUGAACUCGUGUUACUUGGACGCCACCCUGUUCUCCAUGUUCGCCUUCACGCCCGUGCUGGACAGCCUGCUGCACCGGCCGAAGCGGCCCGGCGACAUACCCGAGUACAGCGAGGUGCAGCGCCUGCUCAAGGAGGAGAUCGUCAACCCGCUAAGGUCGGCCAUGUACGUGCGCGCCGAUCGGGUGAUGAAGCUGCGGCAGAUGCUGGAGACGCUCAGCUCGGUGCGCGGCCUCACCUCCGAGGAGAAAGACCCGGAGGAGUUCCUGCAGUCGCUGCUGGCGCAGAUGCUGCACGCCGAGCCGUUCCUCAAGUACUCGUCCGGCCAGGAGAGCUACCUGUACCAGCUGAUCGUGGAGCGCGACGACCGGCUCAUCCUGCCCAGCGUGCAGCAGCUCUUCGACCAGAGCUUCAUCAGCGGCGACAUCAAGCUGAAGGAGAUCCCCUCCUGCCUGAUCGUCCAAAUGCCGCGCUUCGGCAAGGACUACAAGAUGUACUCGCGCAUCUUGCCAAGCAUGGUGCUGGACGUGACCGACGUCAUAGAGAACUCGCCGCGGCAGUGUUUCGUGUGCGGCCGGCUGGCCGAGUGGGAGUGCAAGGAGUGCUUCGACCAGGGCGGCCUGGGCCUCAUGACCACGGCCUUCUGCUCCAAGUGCAACGCCACGUCGCACAGCCACCAGAGCCGCGCCUCGCAUGCGCCACGCCACCCGCUGAAGGUGCCGCGCCAAUUCACCGAGCUGCGCGACCACGCGCACAUCCCGCGCAGCUACCUCGAGCUGUUCGCCGUGGUCUGCAUCCACACGUCGCACUACGUCACCUUCACCAAGUCUGGCCACGGCCCGGACGCCUCCUGGGUGUUCUUCGAUUCGAUGGCGGACCGGAAAGGCGAAGCGCACGGCUACAACAUUCCGGAGGUGGUGCGCGUGCCGGACCUGCCGCGCUGGCUGACUGAAGACGGCCGGCGCGGCCUGCUGGCCGUCACCGACGACAAGCGUCUGCCCGAGCACGCGCGCCGCCUCCUCUGCGACGGCUACAUGUGCUUCUACCAGAGCCGUGACGUCAUGAUGUACCGGUAGGGAGACUUGAGGCGAUGCAGUGGAGCGGCAGACGGGUAGAGCUCUGCGACGGCCAUGGAUGAUUCUGUCAAGACUGCGACGUCAUGAUGCACCAGUAAGAAGGCUGGAGGCGGUGCGGUGGAGCGGCAGACCGGUAGAACUCUGCGACGACCGUGGAUGAUUCCGUCAAGGCCGUGACGUCAUGAUGCACCAGCAACAAUGCUGGAGGCGGUACGGUGGAGCGGCAGACCGGUAGAACUCUGCGACGACCGUAGAUGAUUCCGUCAAGACUGUGACGUCAUGAUGCACCAGUAAGAAGACUGGAGGCGGUGCGGUGGAGCGGUAGACCGAUAGAACGGCAGCCGAAGGCGAGUAGAUGGAGCAGUGGAUGUGAUCAAGAGCGCGACAGAGCGGCGGCAGUGGACUGCCGGUAGACCCGCGGGAGUGACGUGGUCCCUCCGAUGAUUGUGUUGUGGCUCUGCCGUUCGGACGGCGGUACCGCCUCGCCGGAAUGGCGGUGAGGUGCCGUGGAGUGUGUUCGGAAGGCUUCGUGGUGCGCCGAAUCAGUCGUGGGUUGACACGGCGGACCAAUCAGGCGGCGAUGUGGUGUUCUGUGAUGACGCCCGGGGCCGUUGCGUUACGCCAGUGACAGUGUUCGUAACAGGGAGCAGACCCGGCCGGAAAAGUAGUGUGACCCAGCUCCACGUCGUGGCACUGGGAAAUCCGGCGCAUGGGGGAUACCUACGUGAGACGAGGGAGUUAGUUGCAGCGAUUGCAUGAGACGGGAAAGAUGUCGAAGUGAGAUGCGUGAGGUUUAGGUUUUUCGUUCAAGCAGGGUAGAAGAGAAAUAUUCAGAAAUGGUAGUGUGAUGUUCGAGAAAACGCGUUGACGUCGCGAAUUCAUGAUGAGCGGCUCCAGCUAGGCAGAACAGCUGGUUUGGAACCGCAAUGCCCCGGUUAGUGAUAAAUUACCGCGCAGUCAGGACACCAGCACCUGGUGACGUCAUAGCGUGCCUCCGCCGCGGCCCCAUCCUCGUUCCGGGCCAUGUAGGCUGCGCAGGCGAAGGUGACGAUGCGUGGGAGAAAGCAGGUGCGCUGCAGCCAUGAGAUGGG